AAUUAAAAGAAAGAUAUAAUAAGGCCUAAGCUAUGAUUUUAGGACUAAUACUGCUUAUUCAAUUCUUAAAACCUUCCUAUGGUAAUGAGUGUUGGAACAAUCCACUAUUUUCUUCAAAAACUCCAUAUAAGUUAGUUGGAAAUAUGAACUUGGAUGUGAAGUAUCCAGAUGGUUGUAAACCUGUUCAAAUAAAUUUAGUUCAUCGCCAUGGCCACCGUUAUCCUAGUAGAAAAAAUAUAAUUGAGUUUAGUGAUAUGUUUGACAUCCUUAAAUCAGCUCAUCAAGCAUCAUCAAAAGAUUUUCCCACUGAAAAUCCAUUUACAGUAGAUCAAGAUAAACUACUAACUGUGGUGGGUGAAGAAGAAAUGUAUGGUAUUGCACAGAGAAUACGGCAGCGAUUUCCUGAGUUAUUUACUCAGAGUUAUUCAUCAGUAUUUCACAAGUUUGAAAGUUCUUGUAAAUCACGUUGCUUGCAUAGCUCAAGUGCAUUUGCUUAUGGUUUAUUUGAAGGCACUGGUGCUCUUGGAGAAUGCCGCUUUCAACCAGUUGCAGUUAGAACUCGGCCAUGUGAUGUUGAUAUGGUAUUAAGAUUCUUUCAGCUUUGUCAAAAGUAUGUUGCUGAAGUCGAAGAGAACAAAUCAGCAGUCACUGAAAUGAAAAAGUUUGGUUUAGGUGAUGAAGUCCAACUUGUCAUUAAUAAAAUGAAGAAAAAGCUUGGGCUACCAAAAAUUGAUAUAAAACUAUUAAAAUCUAUGUUUUUGUUUUGUGCUUAUGAGAUUGGUAUCUUUAAUGGAAGUACUAACUCUGGUUUAUGUUCUCUAUUUGAUAAUAAUGAUUUACAAAUUUUGGAAUACUAUCUUGAUCUGAAACAUUAUUACAGAAGGUUUUCUGCUUUUCCUAUAACUUAUAAAAGUAGUUGUCCUUUGUUAGCUGAUGUUGUAAAACAUAUGAAAAAAGCUUCCUUAAAUACAACUGAAUCACUUGGUGGUAUUUUUCGAUCUUCUCAUGCUGAAACAAUUAUGCCAUUUAUUGCUUUACUUGGCUUAAAUAAAGACCCAGUUGAAUUAAGAGCUGAUAAUUUUAAUGAGAUGAAAAGCAGAGAAUUUCGACCUAGCUGUAUAUCUCCGUUUUCUGGAAAUGUGUAUUUUGUUUUGUAUGAUUGUGGUAGUAAGAAGCAUAAAAUUCAACUUUACAUGAAUGAAUAUUUAGUUAAAAUACCUUGCUGUGAAUCUAUGUAUGAGUGCGACUUUGAUACUUUUUUGAAAUGCUAUGAAAGUAUUGUGGAUAAUUGUAACUUUAAUGAAAUUUGUAGUUUAAAAAAAACUGAACUUUAGUUUGAGUUCAAUAGUUCAAUUUAAAGUUUUGUAACUUUUUUAAAGUUUAAGUUAUUUAAAAAAUGUUGUAAUAUUGCACAUUUGAACAAUUUCUAGAUUUUUAUUGUAAGUUUUGUUUUAACAUUUUAAACUAUAGUUAUACAAUAUAUAUUUAUGCAACUAGAUUUUGGUAAUCAUAUGGUAAA